AUCGGCAUCAUCGGCAUCAUCGGCAUCAUCGGCAUUAUCAGCAUCCUCAUCUCGCCAGCUGAAUCGAUACGCUCAUCUCGCUAACUGAAUCGAUACGCUCAUACGCCAGCGCUUCAACUGAUCUCACAGCCUCGCCACCUCCCACGCCCUCAUCUCCUGCUAUUCUCUGUCGCCCUGCGCUUUGGCAUCAUGACGCUUCCGUCCCUCGCAGAGAAAGCCGGCUCCCUCCAGGGCACAAAGAACGACUCGCUCGCCUCGCUUGCCCUCCAAAACAAAACAUUUGAUCAGAUGAUCCACGAGUAUCUGCUGCACCACUGCUAUGCCGACACGGCCGUGGCAUUCUCGCAGUCCUCUGCCUCGCUCUCCGCGUCGCCGUCUCUCAAAGCCGAGCCCGCCGAUCGCUCGCUGCUUUGGAGGAAGAGGCUCUUUUCCCUCGUCCUCGAGGGAAACGUUCGCGAGGCCAUCCAGAUCUGCACCACGGCGCCGCUCUGCGUGCUGGAUACAAGCGUCUAUCCAUCGGCCCUUCCAGUUCUGUUCGAUCUCAAGUGCCAAGAGUUUAUCGAGCUCACCAAGACUUCCGCCGAGGCCGCGCUGACAUUUGCCCAUGCGGAGCUCGGCCAAUUCAGCACGCUCGACUCAAGCUACGUGGCCAUCCUGCAGGACAUUGUGUCGCUGAUUGCUUAUGCCGAUCCACAAAGCUCGCCCAUGGCCGAAUACCUCUCGCAGGAGCGGCGCGAGCGAGUGGCCGAGAAGCUCAACAGCCAUAUCCUAAUGUGCGAGAAUCUCUCGCCCACCACCGGGAUCGAGCAGAUCGUCAAGCACAUCACUGUUUUGCAUGACCAGUUGCAUGCCGAGACUACCAAAGACUCCAAGAUGAUGGUCGACAAGUCAUCGAACGUAUGGACUGUCUCUGAUUUCAUGGCCAAUACCAGUGCCAUGGCCAACUACGAGUGAAGGCUUGUCCAGCAACGAUGCCAUGUCUGACACCAAUCCUACUAGCGAAUCGCGAAGGUUGUCGCCCCUCCCCAAUCCAUUCUAUA